UGCCGUCACUUUUCCGCCAAAGGGUUUUGAAGCACACUCUUGAAAAUCAUUCACAGCGCCAAUUCAAAGGGUUUUCAUUUCAUCAAUGGCGGACGAAGCUCCGGCUCCACAAAAUCUCGCACCUUCAGCUUCUGUUGAAGCCACAAUCGAUUCGAUAGGUUUCGGUGGCACUUCGUCUUCCUGCAACAACAAUCAUGUCGCCGAAACAUCCGGUCUGACGUCCGAUGUAGAAGGGGAAAACUCACUUGCGUACGCGCAAGAGUUGAUGGACCGAGGAUCCAAGGCCAAUAAAGAAGAAGAUUACGCUGAAGCCGCUGAUUGCUUCAGUCGUGCCCUAGAAAUCAGGGCUGCACAUUAUGGCGAGCUGUCCCCUGAAUGUGUGAGAUCAUAUUAUAAAUAUGGUUGUGCACUGCUAUACAAGGCUCAAGAAGAGUCCGAUCCGUUAGUUUCAGGUUCUGUGUCAAAGAAGGAGGUAAGUGCUGAACAUGGUUCUGAUAAGGGUGCAGAAAGCGGUGAUGCUUCUGUUUCAAGUAAAGCUAAAGAAGUGACUUCAAAUGCUCAAGGUGUGUCAGAAGGUGAUGGGGGUGAUGAAGAUCAGGAAGAAGAUGAUGAAGCAAGUGAUGCUGACGAGGAUGAAUCCGACCUGGAUUUAGCAUGGAAAAUGCUUGAUGUUGCAAGGGCAAUUGCGGAAAAACAACCAGGUGACACGAUGGAGAAAGUAGACAUUCUUUCGGCUUUAGCAGAGGUAGCUUUGGAGAGAGAGGAUGUUGAUACUUCCCUCAGUGAUUAUCUGAAAGCAUUAUCGAUGUUGGAACGUCUAGCUGAACCGGACAGCCGUCAUCUAGCCGAACUAAAUUUCAGGAUAUGCUUAUGCCUAGAAAUUGCUUCAAAGGGUGAGGAAGCAAUCCCGUAUUGCCAAAAGGCUAUUUCAGUUUGCAAGGCUCGUCUGCAACGGCUCAAAAAUGAAAUAGAGAGUUCAUCUGGUACCGUGCCGCCUGGCAAUGCUGAGUCAGCAGUUCUUAACCGACAAUCUUCCAGUGCUUCACAAACUGCCGAUUCUGUUGCUGAUAAAGAAAAGGAAAUUGAGAUUCUCACUGGUCUUGCUAGUGAACUUGAAAAGAAGCUUGAAGAUCUUCAGCAGGCGGCGUCAAAUCCAUCUAAUUUGUUGUCUGAUAUACUGGGAAUGAUCGCAGCCAAGGGGAAAGGUGGUCAGACUUCUGGCGUUGGCGGUAGUAAUGGUGGUCAAACAUCCUCACGCAUUGGUAUGAUGUCUAACAGUUCUGGAUUUGAGUCGCCUACUGUUUCAACAGCUCACACAAACAGUGACUCUGGUGUCACACAUCUCGGGGUUGUGGGGAGGGGAGUGAAGCGAGUCUCUGUGAGUUCAGCUGAACCACCAGCUAAAAAGCCAACAUCUGAUCCAGCUGGUGGCAGUCAUUGAUCUAUUCUGCUUAUAGGGUUAGCCGGGACUCGGUUCUCUUGUAUGAUUUACCUUUUUAUACCUUUGAAAGACCCUUGAGGGUGACUAUUUUCAUUUGGAUCUUUGGUUGUUAACACUUCAAAUGAUAUCAAAACAGAUUGAGCUGAUCUUUGAUUACUUAUCAUAAUUAUGUAUU